AUGUCUACUCCUGUUGCCAGAAAGAGAACUUUCAAGACCUACUCCUACAAGGGAGUGGACUUGGAAAAGAUGUUGGAAAUGCCAACGGAAGAAUUCGUCAAGUUGGCCCCUGCCAGAGUUAGAAGAAGAUUUGCCCGUGGUCUAUCUUCCAAGCCAGCUGGUUUGAUGAAGAAGUUGAGAGCUGCCAAGUUGGCCGCCCCAGAAGGUGAAAGACCCACUAUCGUCAAGACCCACUUGAGAAACAUGAUCAUCGUUCCAGAGAUGAUCGGCUCCGUCGUGGGUGUUUACAACGGUAAGGUGUUCAACCAGGUGGAAGUCAAGCCAGAAAUGGUUGGCCACUACUUGGGUGAAUUCUCCAUCACCUACACCCCAGUCAGACACGGUAGAGCUGGUGCCACCACCUCUCGUUUCAUCCCAUUGAGAUAA